CGAGUACUUUUUUUUUUCGGCAGAAAAUAUUUCUGGAUCAUUAUGGGAGCAGCAUUCAGGAUGCGUAUUGGUGCUACACACAUACAUUUCGGAAUUUAUAUCAUCAUAUUAUGACCCAAAGCCCCCCCAAAUGCUUUGUUCAUUUCCUAGCGAUGAUAAAAUUGAGUAGGAUAAAAACAGUUAGGUCCCAAGUGAUACCGAUCGAAAGAAGCGACAAGAUCGGGUCUGGAGAGCCUAAUCCCACAAGAUAAACGGAUCCGCAAUCCUCUACUCUUUCCUACGCUGGAUACUCACACCCCUGGGUUUCAUAAUAGCCAUAUAUGGGCUUAACGUUGCCGCCUGGGGAGCGAUGCUAUUUGUCCUGCUAUGCAAUGCAGCUCCGACAAUGUGCCACCCCGACUGCAACAGUCUGAGCUCGUCCCGCAGAGUCUGGAUCGAGAUCGAUUCUCAAGUUCUCGACGCUCUCCUUUGUGUGACUGGCUUUGGUCUGGCACCGUGGCGCAUACGGGAUGUGUACUUUUGGUUUUUAUGGCGGUUAGGACGCUCGGAGCAAACUCGUCAUCACGGACUCUAUUAUCUGGCAUAUACCCAUUGCCAACGGUUCCUACAAGCUCCAGACUUGGGAACUCAGUUACCUGACCAGGAGGACAGGGUGACUGGCACUGGCAGACAGAUUUGUGCCACGUUUACUUCCCUCUGGAAAAUGGAUUUUGUUGUCUGAGGAAAUCUGUGGAACACAAUUUUCCAGGUCUGUCGUGCCUUGUGUAUGUGGACUAUGGAUCGAUUCAAUCGUUUAGAUUGGGCAGCCGGUCUCUUUGUGGGCCUGGGUUGCCUUGCUCUCGGGCAUGCUGGAAUGAUUGUGGUGUGGGAAAAAAGGAGACUGACAAAGGCUGGUCUUAUACUAAGAAGAGAAGAUUUUAUUUGAACUUUUUUUUUUGCAAAAGCGCCGAAGAUUGCGGACAUCUUUAACCGUC